UUUACUAGCAUAUGUUAGACUUGAGCUCGAGCGGCCUACCAACCUCUUCCCAAAUCCCUCGCAUUAGAUUGCUUUCUUCUUCCUCUUCUCUCACUGGAUUGAGCUCCAAGAAACCCAGAAAAGAUUCGAAUUAGCUGACUGCGAUGAGCAGCAUAGGCACGGGUUACGAUCUAUCCGUCACCACCUUCUCCCCCGACGGUAGGGUUUUUCAGAUCGAGUACGCGGCCAAAGCAGUCGACAACAGUGGGACUGUUGUUGGUAUCAGGUGCAAGGAUGGUAUUGUUUUGGGUGUGGAGAAGCUGAUUUCUUCGAAGAUGAUGCUGGCGGGAUCAAAUCGGAGAAUCCACUCCGUUCACCGGCAUUCUGGAAUGGCUGUGUCUGGAUUAGCAGCAGAUGGUAGACAAAUUGUUGCAAGGGCUAAGUCUGAAGCAACAAACUAUGAAAGAACAUAUGGCGAGCCUAUCCCUGUGAGGGAACUCGCAGAUCGAGUUGCCAGCUAUGUUCAUCUUUGUACGCUUUAUUGGUGGCUGAGACCAUUUGGCUGUGGUGUUAUCCUUGGAGGUUAUGAUAGAGAUGGACCUCAGCUGUAUAUUGUUGAACCUUCAGGAGUUUCCUAUAGAUAUUUUGGUGCUGCAAUUGGGAAGGGCAGGCAAGCUGCUAAGACGGAAAUUGAAAAGUUGAAGCUUUCUGAACUAACAUGCAGGCAAGGCGUCGUUGAAGUUGCCAAGAUAAUUUAUGGUGUUCAUGAUGAGGCCAAGGAUAAAGCCUUUGAAUUGGAAUUGAGCUGGGUCUGUGAAGAAUCAAACAGGCAGCACCAAAAGGUGCCGGAGGAUCUCCUGGAGGAAGCCAAAGCAGCCGCCAUUGC